UUCCAUGGUCUACCAAUUCUGUAUUUUCUUUUCAACCACCACACCCCCUAUCAUCAUGCCCUCUUUCUCCAUAGCCAUGGUGCCCUCACCAUCACAUGAGUUAUAGUCAAGCCCUAUUAGCCUCCUUUUCCCUUAACACUUCAUUUUUUGUUGUUCUAUCAAAAAAACAUUUUCAAGAUAGAAAAUCAAGCAACAUCUAAAAUUCUUGAAAACUUUUAAGCUUAAAAAUUUAAACCUAACUAAGCCAUUAUCACUUUUUGGGAUUUCUACUUAGAAAACCCUACACAUGUUUCCUUCAAGCAAUAACCAUGAUACUUUUUCCUAUACCUCAAAAACUUUCCUUGAUAGAUCUUUUACAUAUGAUCAUCAAAACCCUAGUUCAAGUUCAAGGCAAGAAGAUAAUCCAUUUUUCUUGAACUUCCCUUCACCAUUUCUUGAUGAUGAUCACCAUCAUGAGUCUCCCUUGAGCCAAAUAUUUCCCCAUAACAAUCAAGAUCAUCAUGUCAAAGAGGGAAAUUUUACUCAUCUUUCUAGUGAGACAUCAAAGGAGGAAAUGUCUAUUGAGGCUAAACCAUCAUCAAAGAAGAGAAGUCUUAGCACAACGCCACGAAGGAGAACGGGUAAGAAGGAUAGGCAUAGCAAGAUUUGCACGGCUCAAGGUGUGAGGGAUCGGAGGGUGAGAUUAUCCCUUCACAUAGCGCGUAAGUUCUUCGAUCUCCAAGACAUGUUAGGCUUUGAUAAGGCAAGUAAAACCAUAGAAUGGCUUUUUUCCAAUUCCAAUAAGGCCAUAAAAGAGCUCUCAGAAAACACCCCACAAAAGGAAUUAUAUAGUGAUGGUAACAAGAUUAUUAUAAAUAGUAACAAUAGUUCAAGUAGUGAAGGAAAGAGUGAUUCCUUUAUGUCUGAAUGUGAGGAAAACUCAAUCAAUGAAUUAGGAAAAGAUAAAGAAAAAUUGAGUGAGAUAAUGCAAAAUAAUCCUCAUAAAGGGGGGUCAAGGGAAAAAUCAAGAGCAAGGGCUAGGGAGAGAACAAAAGAAAAAUUGAUGAUCAAAGGUCUUGGAAACCCUAAUAACAAUAUGUUUGACCAAUUAGGGUCAUCAAGAAGCAAUAAUGGUUUUCUUGAUCAAGAUUCCAAUAACAAUUCUUACAAUACAAGUGUCAAUCAAGAAAAAGGUUCUCCACAUGAAGCCAAUUCUCAAUCUCUAGAAAAUCAUUUUGCAAUUCAAAAUUAUUUGGGUGGUGCAAGUAAUUCCUCAACAAUAGAUUCUGGAAAUUGCUUCAUGGGUUUUCUUGGAAAUUGGGAAAUCAAUUAUGCUCCAAUGAAAUCCAGCAGCUAUAGUACUACAUUUGCAGGUAACCCUAGCUCAAUUUAUUUUGCUCAACAAUUUCAGCCACUGGAUCAAGAAAAAAAUUUGUCCUCCAGACAUCAUAGACUGGAAUAAACUUGCGCGAUUUCAAGUUGUACGUGCGCGAUUUUUCACUAUAGUGUUAUAUCUCCUAUGUGGUUCACCCUGUUUGAUUUUCUUCUUUGUUGUUGGUUGAUUCUUGCAAUGUAGAAAAAAUUCUAUUAUUUUGCUUUUGAUGCUUGGUGUGUAUGUGUAGAAAAGGAAGAGAAUGUGUUUAUGAAUAAAAAUUGUUGUUUCAUUAUUUCA